AGAAUGAGCUGGUCCUGGAUCAGCUUCUGCUGGCUCUGUGCAACAGCGGCUUAUGGAGGGAAAGUGCUUGUAUUUCCACUUGAUGGGAGCCACUGGGUCAACAUGAAAGUCAUUAUUGAGGAGCUCCAUUCAAGAGGCCAUCAGAUGACUGUUAUAAGACAUAAUGAUAGCUGGUACAUCAAGGAAACCUCCCCGUUCUAUACUUCAGUCACACUGGAUAUGGAGUCUGGAUUUGGUGAAGAUUUUAUUGGUUCUUUUGUAGCCGAUUUGCUAGAAAUUCAACGAGGAGGAAAGUCUGCCUGGUCACGUUUUAAACUCGAAAUGGAACAAUCAGGAAAGAUCUGUGAGAUCCAUUUAAAAGCAUCUACAACUCUUGAGAUUAUCUUUGAAAACAAAGAGCUGAUACAGUCAAUACAGGAAGCCAGAUAUGACCUUAUGCUGACAGACCCUGGUGUACCAGGAGGUGUCCUACUUGCUCACUACCUCAAAUUGCCACUUGUUUUUAAUGUCAGGUGGACUACUCAGGGUGAAGGUCAUUUUUCAAUCGCACCUUCACCUCUCUCUUAUAUUCCACUGACAGGGACGGAGCUAUCUGAUAAAAUGACCUUCUUCCAAAGAGUCGUAAAUGUGUUGAUUUUUGCCUUUAGCAAAUACCAGUUUGCACAUUAUAUCGCACCAUAUUACACAGCAGUACUCGAAAAACAUUUUGGCCCAGAUGCAGACUACUCGUCCAUGUUUCAAGCUGCAGAUCUGUGGCUCAUGAGAGUGGACUUUGUGUUUGAGUUUCCUCGUCCAACAAUGCCGAAUGUAGUCUACAUGGGAGGGUUCCAGUGCAAACCUGCUAAACCACUUCCUGCACAUUUGGAGGAGUUUGUGCAGAGUUCUGGAGAGCAUGGAGUCGUAAUCAUGUCCCUGGGAACCUUGAUUGCAGAUCUACCUUUUGACUUAGCUGAUUCAAUUGCUGCAGCUUUUGCUAAACUACCCCAAAAGGUCAUCUGGAGGUACAAAGGCAAGAGACCUGCCACUAUGGGCAACAACACCCUGGUGGUGGACUGGAUGCCACAGAAUGACCUUUUAGGUCAUCCAAAAGUAAAACUAUUUGUGGCUCACGGAGGAACUAACGGAGUCCAAGAAGCCCUGUAUCACGGAGUUCCUAUACUUGGACUUCCAUUGAUUUUUGACCAGCGUGACAAUCUACUUCGAAUUGAAGUCAGAGGAGCAGGGAAAAAGAUUGAUAUUUUUACUAUGAAUGAGGACAUAUUCUUGAAGGGGCUUCAGGAAGUCCUGAACGAUCCCUCCUACAGGAUGAACAUGCAGAGACUCUCCAGAUUGCACAGAGAUCAGCCAAUGAAGCCGCUGGACACGGCUCUCUUCUGGAUCGAGUUCGUCAUGAGACACAAAGGUGCUGCUCACCUGAGAACCGAGUCCUACAGACUGCCCUGGUACUCCUUCUACUCUGUAGAUGUGAUCAUCUUUUUAGUGGGAGUUGUGCUGCUUGUUUUGUGUACAUUUGCUGGCUUACUUAAAUGCCUCUGCUCAAUGUGUCUCAGAAAAAAGAGGAAAUGUGAUUAAAUGAAAACAAAUUGAUCAUCAAACUGAAAUAUAAAGAAGAACUUUGCAUGAUGUCCAUCCAUUUUCUUUACCCACUUAAUUCAAUGCAGGGUCACAGGGAAAUGUAUUUUAUUUAUAAUUUUUUUUU